GAGGAAAUCCUAGUUCUAGGAGUACUUGUAUUGUCUGACGAAACUGAAUCUAUCCACUGCAGAUGCGGUCGUGGCUUGGCGGCGCCCAGACGAACACUCAGGAAUGGACCGCCGCCGCAGCACGCGACUCCGUUCCCAAAUCCAGCCGGCCGGACUUGACCGCCGCCGCAGCCCUCGCCUCCACCCCCGAACCCAGGCGAGCGAUGAGGGACCAGGAGCGACCCGCCGCAGCAGCCCGCGCCUCCGUCCCCAAAUCCGCGCCAGCGACGAGGGCGCCUCCUCCAUGACCAGCCGCCGCGCCUCCCUGCCGGUCGACGACGACAUGCUGCAGGAGAUCUUCCUCCGCCUCCCGCCUACGCCGUCCUCGCUCGCCCGCGCCUCCGCCGUCUGCAGGCGCUGGCGGGGCCUCCUCGCCGACCCCAAGUUCCACCGCCAGCUCUGCGCGCGCCACCGGAACCCGCCGCUGCUCGGCUCCUUCGUGCCCAACGACGACAACGGCCAGCGCAUCGUCUUCGCGCCCAUGCUCGACCCGCCCGACCGCAUCCCACCUCCGCGGUUCGACCUCGGACGCUGCGGCCACAACACGGACGUGCUCGGCUGCCGCCACGGCCGCGUCCUCGCCAAAACCCGCGUGUGGGACGCGGACGGUGGCCUUCCCAGCCGCGUCAUCGUCUGCGACCCCAUCACAGGCGACCAGCGCACGGUGGCCUUCCCACCCGACCUCGGCAGGGUCUCCGUCAACGGGGCGGUGCUCUGCGCCGCCGCCGAGUCCGACCCUGGCCACGUGCACGGCAGCUGCUACUCCAGCCCCUUCAAGCUGGUCCUGGUCACCAUGUACAGGAGACACCCAAACCGACUCCUCGCCUGCGUCUACUCCUCCAACACCGGCCUAUGGGGCGAUCUCAUCUCAUCGGAGUCUCCAUCCGACAUCCAUGGUAAACCCGCCGUCCUCAUUGGCAAUCGUCUCUACUGGCUGUCCGUGAUCAACGGCAGCAUACUCGAGUUCGAUCUGGACGAGAACAGAAUAGCUGUGAUGAUGGGGCCUCCUGUCACCCAUACCGAACGCUGCAUAAACCAGCAGAUCAUCAAGGCUGAGGAUGGCGCCGUUGGCUACGCCAUGCUGGUUUAUCCUUCUCUCCUAAUGUGGAAGAGGGACGUCGAUGCUCAUGGCGUUACCACGUGGGUGCCGUGGAAGAUCAUUGGAAUGGAUACCGUUCCUGAACUCCCUCCUCGGACCAAAAGAAGGGACAGAAUUAAGGUUAUGAUGAGGAUACUGAUGUAGUCCUUUUACAUGUGAAUGGCACCGUGUACAUGCUUGACCUUAAGUCGAUGCAAUCUACUGAGCUUUCUGGACCCUUGAAUCAUAUCGGCACCUAUCAUCCUCUCAGGUGUUUCUAUACGCCAGUCAUUCGCGAAGGUCAUGAAGUGUACGAUCCAUGGGAUGAAUGUCUGGUUUGAUGUGCUAAUGUGCUGAAAUGGUUCUUAAGCCAUUCGCGAAGGUCAUGAAGUGUACUAUCCAUAGGAUGACUGUCUGGUUUGAUGUGCUAAUGUGCUGAAAUGGUUCUUAAGGUGAAGGGAUGACCGCUGCAGUUAUCGCUGAAUUUGUGGCAUCGCAUCAAUGUGCUCGGCGGUGUUUACAUGUUAUCUGAAGAAAAAACUCGUCGUACUUUAGCUUAAUUUCUAGUGUCGCAAGUCUGCUUUAAAAUACAUAAUCUGGGGGAUUUCUGCUUCUCCAAGUAUUAUUUCUAGUGACGUGCCUCGAUUUUGUUCCGGUGAUUUCAACUUGUGCCAUAUGCUAUUUUGCAUCAAAUAAUUCUUCGAUUUUUGAAUGACCCGAUUCUCGUGUCUUGCUACCAAAACUUCCAUACACAAAUCUGUAUCCUUUAUCUUCAUAUAUGUCAUUGUGAAUUUUCAGAACCUGUAUAUAAACAGAGUAAUGUGAAUAUGCGAUGGGCCAGGUGUUUUCAUCAUUUUUUAGCAACAAUGUCAUGGACCAAGAGUGCAAUAAGAGCAUCUCCAACAGAGGCUCUAAAAUUUGGCGCUGUAAAAGUCAUUUGCAGCGUGCUCAAUCCGCGCGCGGCGCCGACGCGAGCUUCAGCAGAGACUCUAUUUUACAGCGCAACAAGGAAGGCAAAAACAACCCUUCACCAGAGGCUGUAAAAUAGAGCUCCAUAAACAAGUUUAAAGCGAUAUCUCAGUACCCUGUUUUUUUUACUACAUACAGCAGUCACAUCAUCGAUAGAUUUAUUCUGUUGUCAUCGUAUUCCUAUGAGCUACAGCCAGUCAUACCUGUUAUAGAGCUCUCUGUAUAUAUGUUUCUGAGUUGAUAAUGAGUUUGUUU